AUGGAGAGAAACAGUGCUCGGGGAAAUAGUGGUGGAAGAAGCAUGAAAGAGAUGAACAACAACAACAAUAGCCACAAGAAGAACGCAGGAUGCUAUAAGGUUAAGAAUCCUCCAUGGGAUUUUCUCAAUGAUUGCAAUGGCACUGAAGAAGCAGAUUUACUUGGUUUAUUUUCGUGGCCUCCAAGAUCUUACUCAUGUAGCUUUUGCAAAAGGGAGUUCAGAUCCGCUCAAGCUUUAGGAGGUCACAUGAAUGUUCAUAGGAGGGAUAGAGCUAGAUUGAGACAAUCUCCACCAAGGGAUGGUCAGUAUUCCCUCCUAAAUCUCAACCUUGAACCAAACCCUAACUUCAGUACUUUCAAUACUAACCCUAGUCCUUCAGCAAGAUGUCCUUUGAUGCCUUCCACGUUUCCUUCUCCGAUUCCUCCCCCAGUUUCCACUAUUUCCACAACUCCACCAGCAACUGUCACUGGAAUGAGAAAAUGGGGUGAUAAAGCUGGCGGUGGUGUUCAUCAACUGAGCCAUUCAUAUCCUAAAGAUCAAGACUUAAUGAAGAGUAAAGCUACAAAAAGACUUCUUGAGCUGCAUGAGAAAGAAGGUUCACUUUUGAAGAGGGGAGAUAUUGUUAAGCUGGAAUUGGAAAUUGGCUUAGUUGGUGAAGCAAAGCAGGAUUUGGAUUUGGAACUUCGACUGGGAUACACUUGAGAGCAGUCCUAAAGAAUCUCAUGGUCUUAUUUUAGCCUCCAACAUUUUUCAACUUUUCUGGGGGAAUAUAAGGGAAAGUAAGAAAGUGUAGUGCUUUAUAUUAUGGCAUUGCAGUAUUUAAGUCAGGGAUAAAUUAGAGUGUAGGAGUACUAGAGAUCAGGGAGAUGAUUCCAUGAAGAAGUACCUUUUCAGAUU